UACUUCACGAAUGGCUGACUACUAAUUAUAUACAGCCGACGUAAACGGAGCUUCUUCGUUUUGAUUUUGUUACAUUACAGCUGACGUGAGAGUAGUAGUAGUAGUAACAUUUUUCACUGCUAAUAUCCACAUCACAAUUAUUGUGUACAGUACAUAAUAAAAUCAAUGAAAUUGCCCAACCCAAAGAACCAAAAUUAUAGUUGGACUUUAUAAGUAUUACUACCCUUAACUUAUAUUUUCAUUAUGAUUUUUUAAAAGGUAAAUGAGAUUAAUUUAUACAUUUAUUUGGAAUGCCAGUGUGUCAAUAUUUUCUAUCCGGGCGAUGUCGUUACGGGGAAAAUUGUCGUUUUGAACAUCCAAGAGGUUAGUACGGUUAGUAAGUCUAGUUAGUCAAGUAAGUUGUUAUUAUUAAUAAUUUAUUAUUAUUAUUAUUAGUUGUAUUAAAUUUAAAUGAUUAAAUGUAUUUUUAUUAAGUUAAUAAUUAACCCUUUGGGACGGAGACUUCUUGGGGUGUCAGUGCCAAGAACACCGAGCACUUUUUACAAGCUCAGCACGGUAGCUCAGCACUCAUCAUUCAUAUAUUGAUUGUAUUGCCAAAAAAAUUCUAUCAAUAAACUAAUAUUAAAAUUAAAACUUUUCAAUAAUUCACUUUUCAAUAACUUUUCAUGUAUAAAACUAAAUAUAUUCUUAUGGAAAUUGAAUUAACCAAUAAAAUCUUUAUGAAUCAAACAGAAAACUUAACAUUUAUGCAAUUUUAAAUGUUUAUCCUGAUUUGCAUGUAAUUUGUUGUUACGGGUACACUUACUUAGACUUAGAAUAAAGAUAACUUACUUUUAAUUUGAAUAAUUUUAUUUGCGGGUAUGUUAAGAAAAACGAAGUGGCUAUUCGGACCCCGGGUCCGAGAAAUGAGAGGUUGGGAUUAAAAUUUAAAAUAAAAUAUUAUUGUAGAUUGUCAGACUAAAUUUGGUAUCAAAUGAAGGAUAAUUGAAUGGACUAUAUGUUUGUAAACUUAUUUCUUCAGUUGAACUAAAAUAACUCAAAUAAAAUCAUCCAUUAGAAAGACUAAUCCAUUUAAAAGGUAUUGGGGAUGUUCUGCCUGUCAUUUGCUACUUAGACUGCUUUUCAAACUACUUGGUCUUGUUGAUGAAUCCCAAAAUUUCUUCAUCAUAAACUUUCUCUUUGCCAUCUUACGGCCAUACAUGAAUUAUUGUAGAUGGAAUUCUACAAAGAUCUUCAAAGGAAAAUUAAAAUUUUCUCUUGUACCUGAAAGAAGCUUAGAAUUAUCGCCACUCCUCAGAACGGCGGUCCCAAAUUAAAAUAUAAUGUUUCUCGAAAAAUAAAUUUUUAAAUUCAUUUUUACCUCAUGGAACUUCAUUAAAAUUAUUGUUAAAAGUAAAAUAACAUCUUUUUGUUGGAACACAACAAUAAUUUAACAAAUUUUACGAAAUCAAAAACAUUACAUUUUAAUGAAUCUUUUAUCUUUUACGGUGACAUUGUGGAACAUUGAGGAGAACUCUUCUUUCCUUAAAGAUACGUUAUAAAAGUUGCCCAAUUGGAUGUAUCUGGAUUAAAAUAAACUGUUGUAUUUAUUUUGUUUAUGUCUAGUAGUCUGAUAUUUCUUUCUAAAUAAGUGGCAGUUUACAAUUUUGAAUAUUUAGGUCUCACAUAUUUUAGGUAUCUUGUAUCGGUUUAUUAUUGUGAAAUGAAGGUCUUGUUUCACUAAAAAAAUUGGAUAUUCACAUAUAGGCCUAUGGUUCUUAAGUUAAUUCACAAAUUUCUCUACAGUAUAAAUUAAAUAAGACGUUUAUUUAAUUUCUGUACAUUAUAAUUAUUGUAGAAAUCGCCCUGAGGGCAAAUAGCAGAAUGUUGCAUUUACUACAUAUUGGUGCACUAUUUUCUUUGUACAUAAAUAGUUGUAACAGGAACAAGGUAACUUUUUUGAAAAAAGACAAUGAUUAUGACAAAUCUCCAGUGGUUUUUUUUUCCUUCUUUUUUAUAAUGCAGCGGUUCUCAACCCUAACUCAGAGGUCGUCAACAACCAUCAGAAAAGCUUUUUUUGAAAUAGUAAUAAUAAUAAUAAUAAAGUUCAUUUAAAAAACACGCUUCAUCCCCAAAGGCUCAAAGCGCGGUACAAAGUCAACAAAAAAACAUAUCUAUAAUUUACCACAUUUAAAACAAACGCAACACUACAAAAACUAAUUACAAGCAUACAAUGGCAAAGUCUUUCUAGCCAUUUCAACCCGGAGCAACACAGCCAUUAUGCAUUAACUGGAAAAUAAGGUAGACAAUCAUCCCAGAAGGUAUUUGCGAAAUAGAUGUGUCUUUAGAUCGGUUUUAAAGGACUCCAGUGUCUGGUUGUUUCUGAGAUCGACUGGAAGGGCGUUCCAAAUUGUUGGACCAGCAAACGCGAAAGUGCGCUUUCCGCAAGUCUCAAGGCGAACACGUGGUGUAAAGAGUUUGCCACUGUCGGAUGAGCGGAGUUGUCUGGUUGGUACAUAAGGCGUCAGCAGCUCUUUCAGAUAGGAUGGCGCCAGGUCAUGUAGACAGCGGUAGCACAAAGUUGCGAUUUUGUACUCUAUGCGAGCACGCACCGGCAGCCAAUGCAACUCUCUCAGAAGUGUUUUUGCAUGGUCAAAUUUGCGUUUGCGGAGAACUAUGUGAGCCGCAUUAUUCUGUGCUAUUUGAAUUUUAUCAAGGAGCAUAGCUGGAAGACCCACCAUGAGAGCAUUGCAAUAGUCCAUGCGUGAUAGCACAAAUGCAAACAUCAGCCUCUUUGUUGUAUCAAUUGUUAGGAAGGGCCUGAUGUGACUAAUCCUGCGCAGCUCCAGAAAAAUCGCCUUGCAAAGCAUGUUAAUAUGACUUUCAAAAGUUAGACUUCUAUCUAGGUAGACACCCAGGUACCGCACUGUUUGAGCUAACUCAAUACGCACACCUGAUUGAGUAAUGGAUGUCGUGUUAUUUGCAGAUUUCUGCUUCUGAGCGGUCGCAAUGGGGAGCAGCUCAGUCUUAUCAUCAUUUAAUUUGAGCUUGUUAAUGGUCAUCCAGUGCUUAACCGACUCCAUUGUCUUCUGUGUCAUACUGAGCAGCUGAGGGAACUGAGAAGUGAUCACGGAUUGAUGAAGUUGUGUAUCGUCCGCGAACAUGUGAUACAACAUGUCAAACUGCCUGAUCUCUGCACCCAGGGGCUGAAUGUACAUCGUGAAAAGCAUCAGGCCUAGGACUGAGCCCUGGGGUACUCCGAAUUUGAGAUUAGAUUUCUUCGAGGUCAAGCCGUUUGAAAUAACUGACUGGACCCGAUUAUUCAGAUACGAUCGGAAACAACACAGGACGGUAUCAGUGAGACCGAACGUUUUUUGCAGACGCUGGAGCAGUAUGCCGUGGUUGAGCGUAUCGAAAGCUGCCGAUAAAUCGAGUAAAGACAAAAUCGAUACCCGGCCCUCAUCACAAGACGACAGAAGGUCAUUUAUGACGCGCAACAGGGCUGUCUCAGUAGAGUGAUGCGCCCUGUAUGCUGAUUGGAAUGGAAUUAUUUUAUGAUUGGGGGUGACCACAACAUGAUGAACUGUAUUACAGGGUCGUUGCAUUAGGAAUAGUGAGAACCAAUGUUCUAAAGGAUUUCCAGCGAUGUGUUUUGAUUAAUCCGCUAUCCAUACCCUUUCCCUCAGAGUGUGAUCAUCAGCAUCAUUCACGCCCUCCCUCCCCAUUUUAGCCAUGAUAGCUUGGGGUCAUUAACUGAUGGUCAUCUCCAUAGAUAACAGUAAUAGUAGGUAUUCUAAAUGAAAAUUUCAUUAUGAAUUUUAAAAAAAAAUUGAAUUAUUCCCCAAAUAAGCUUGGUUGAAUCAGAACGACAGGAAAGUGUAGUUUUGGCACCAACUAUCUUCUAAAAUAAGCAAGUUGGAACUUUCAAAUCUCUUUCACACACAACCAGCUAUACAUUUAAAAAACUCAAUUUUUUUCAUGGUUGUAACUAAAAUUUAAAUACUAUUUUUAUUCAUAGAAUAUUUGCCGAAGCUCAAUUUUACAAAAUAUUAAAAGCGAGACAAAAAUUCUGCUCAAUUAAUAUUAUGAAAAUGGUUAUACAAAGCAGGAAUCAUUAACUAUGAAUGAGUAUUAAUGAAAAUCAAUUUAUAAGAACUAAAGGAUUAUUUCAGCAUGGCAUGUUCACAAAAAUGAAGCAAUUUUUUUUUUAAAUCAUAAAAGAUAAAGAAGCAAGGUAUCUAGUAUGUACAUAAAAUUUAUAACACAUAAAACUUGAAUUUAUAACACAUAACACUUGAAUUUAUAACACAUAACACUUGAAUUUAUAACACAUAACACUUGAAAAUUAGUUAUGAUGGCAAGCUCAAUUUUACCAAAUUGAGACAAAAAGUCAAGUUUAGUUCAUUUUUAAAAAAUCAUAAAACAUCAAUCAAUUAAGUUAAUCUAAAAAUACAGGAGUCAAUUAAAGGGAAUUUAAAGCACAUCAAUGUGAAAUCAUCAAGCAAGGGUAACACAACAAAAUAUUGUACAGAUAUUAUUUCAGCACUGCAUGUUCACAAAAACUAAGUAUAGAUUUUUUAAAAAUUCUUAAAAAAUUAACAAAGUAAGAUAUCCUAACAAAUUUUACACAGUAUUGUAGAACAUAGUAAUCUUGUGAAGAAUAAAAAAACAAAGGUUUAGUUAGUAAUGAUGGCACCUUCCUCAUCAAGCAUAUUAAUUAAUUAAUUUUUGAGUUCAUUGACAAUCUUUAAAAAGAUGAUGAAAAAAAAUAUCAAAGACAUAGCAAGUUUCAUCUUCAAAUUCAGUUAAAUUUUUUUGUAAUUAAGGACAUGUCAAAAAUUGUGCUUUUAUAAUUCAGACUUAAGUUAUGAAACAGAACAACCAUAUUUUGGACAAAGCCCUAAGGCAAGUAAUAUCUUCACUGGUGUUUCGAACAAAAACAAGAACGAAGUACAGAAGCUCCUCAUUCCUGCCGAAGACAAUAGGGGACUGGAACAAGCUUCCAAAAGCAACAGUUGAGGCGGCUACACUCGAUACAUUUGUGUCUAUUGCCUCCUGUAUUCCAACCCCCAGUUCAUAACACCACUGCUGAGUCGCCCUUGCAACCAGUGAAGUAUCCCAUUGAAACCCAUGGACAGUAACAUCGCAAACCUCUCUGAAACAUAGGAGCCAGAAUGAUCAAUUCAUUGAUCGUGGGCCCUUAAAAUAAAGAAGAAGAAGAAGAAGAAGAACAGAAUAAAUUUAGAAACUUGAUUGCGGAUUUUAAUCCCAAACUCUGAAACCGUCAUGCACUUUGCCAUUGAAAGAUCUACAUUUCAUACCGCUUGCGGUAAUAGCAGAUUCACAUUCUAAAUAUUCAUUUUUCUUUUCUUAAAGAUAUAAUUGUUUAGUUUCUUAUUGUUUAGUCUUUUUAUUGUUGUACAAAUGAAACUUGUACAAUACAAUGCUUGCUAUAUUAUGCACAGCUUACACUGGCAUAUCAUGGAAUGCCACUACCGUACUAGCAUGUAAUCUGAUGUAGGUUUAUUUUAUUUUUCAGUGCUAAGAGAAACAAGUUCUAGUCAUUAUUUUAUCAAUUAAGUAUGAAAAUGUGUUUUGUUUAAAAAAUAACUAAUUUAAACAAGUAAAAACUUCAACCUUUUGUAAAUGUUUUGGAAACUUGAACUUUGUUGGCAUGGCCAGUGGCUGGAGUGUUGUUUUGUUGGCAUGGCCAGUGGCUGGAGUGUUGUUUUUUUCUCCAAACCUGUAGAAAAAUUCUUCAUCAAAAUGGGCUGAACACAAAACAGCUCUAGAUGAAUGUGUGAAGUUGUCUCUUCUGAUGUUUCGAAGCCAUUUCUUCAGAAGUUCCUGGCUCUUCAAUGGGCAUCUGUAUAAGAGACUUAAAUGCUUUAAAUGAUUUUUAACACACACUUUUUUUUUUAGAAACUGUUUUCCUACUCACCUUUUGAUCUGACCUUAAUAUUUACCCUGAACAAAACCUGAAAUAACGCCCCUGAUGGCCAUAGUCUAUAGUAGCUGAUCAUUUUCAUCCUGCGGAACUACUAUACCAGACAAGUCAACACCGUCCUCUUCUGAACAUUCAGCCCUUAAAAUGUAGAAUUAUUGUCGGGUAAGCAAUAAUUGCCAAGCAUUUUUUUUUUUAAUUGAACAUGAUGUACAGUGAUGUGUUAAUCAUUCAAGGGAGGGUAUUAAGAGAAAAAUGAAAGGUGAAGAGAUGCCAACUUUUGACUUCUAUUGCACUAACAAAGUGUGCUAACAUUCUGACCAACCAUCUGCACAGUGUUUUUUUCAGAGAUUUUCCCCCGGGGGAACUCUAGGAAUAAUACUGCAUGUAUUUUGAGAAAAAGACCCAUGGAGGGCCUUCAAACACCUCUGGCACAUGGCUCUACAUGAGCCAAUGAAGUGAGUGAAGUAGUGGAGUGACGUUAUAAAGUUUCUUUGCCUUUAGAACUAACCUAGCAACUGAGUUUUGAACUUUCUGCAGUUUUUCUAUGAAAUGUUUUGGUGAAACUGACAGAAGAGAGUUAUAAUAGUCAAGAUGAGAGAUAACAAGAGCACAGACUAGCGUUUUUGUUUUGCUAACUGUGAGGUAUUGGUGGCUGGAGCUGAUCUGAUGGAUAGCAGUGUAUGCAGAGCAAAGAUGUGAGAAAUAUGAUUAUUGAGAGACAUGUUGUCAGAAAGAAUGUAACCAAGAUUCCUAGCAGAGGAUGUGAACGCUACCUACUUGAAACAAGAUGGGGAGAGCUGAAUUAAAGGCUGAUUGUGAAUGAGGAGUUUUGUCAUCGUUCAGUUCAACUUGCUGAGACUCAUCCAUGACUUGACAUCAGCAAUGCACUCCUGCAAGGUGUGGAUAGCGGAAUUGACAAGAGAGGGAUGGGUAUGCUUGUAUAGCUGCAUGUCAUCAGCAAAUGAUUAGCUCUCAACAGCAUGCUCCAGAGUGGGAGGAGAAGUGGCCUGGUAUACAUUGUGAAUAGGACGGGACCCAAAAUGGACCCCUGUGGCACUCUGUACACCAAGUUAGCACUACCGGAAAGACAGCCAUCAACAGCGACCCCCUGCGUUCUAUCUAUAUGCUACAAGAAGUCUCCACGAUCUGCGUUCGCCCCCUUUUUCUGGAGUAAUUUCAACCGUUUCAAUCUUUCCCUCGACUCAAACACGUGUCUUUCUACAGUUACACACUGUGGUCAGAAAACUGUAAAAUGAAGAAAAACGAUAUAAAAUAAUGUAAUAUGAUGAAAUUCCAACUUAUAGUUUCAUCGAAUACAAUUUUACACCCUUUAUUUCAGGUUCCAAGUUGUCAGAAAAUCAAUGCAAAAUAAUAAUAUACCCAUUUUCCAAAAUGCUGUAAAAUUGUAAAUAAUUUAAUUAACAAACCAAUGAAAUUUUAAUUUAAAACAUUCCAUCUUCAUAUUAAAGAAAAGUUAACUCUAGGAAUAACACAAUAAUAAAGUAAAGGGAGUGAAUCCUACAGAGACGCCCAUCAUGGCGCGGAUUGCCGAAAUUGACCACCUAUUUUUUUUAGCAUAGGCAUAAGGCAAGCUUGGCCCUAAGUAAGCCUAAGUAUUAAAAAUAACGAGUAUUAGUAACAAGUUAAAUUAGUACUAUUAGCAAUAGUUAGUCAACCCUCCUUCCCUGAGUCUGAGACAUAGUCUCAGAUGUGGAUUUUUAAAAAACAUUUUUGCACCACUUCUAUAUACAUUUCUAAAAUUUAUUAGAUAAUUAUAAGAGCAACAAAGUGAGCCCACAAAAACACCAUGUAUUCCAAAGGCUCAUCUCUCCCCACCGAUUCAUCUCCGAUUAAUUUUAUUGAAAUUAGUUGGUAAUUUUAGCCAAAUCUUACUUUUAACUUUUCAUGUUAUUUUUAAAUGCUUAACAAGUAGGCAUAGUGCCAAAUCAUAGAGACAACUCAUAUGGUAAUCACAAUAGUUAUAGUAACUUUGAGAUUAACAGUUCAAAUUGACAGGGUAAUUAAAACAGUGUCCUUUUUUUUUGCCUGGAUAGAGAGUGGUCAAAUAAACUGGCAUAGGGACUCUCAGUUCCUUCAGCUUCUUAGUAUGACACUGAAGACAGUGGAGUCAGUUAAGCACUGGAUGACCAUGAACAAGCUCAAAUUGAACAAUGAAAAGACUGAGCUGAUCCCCAUUGCUACUGCUCAAAAGAUAAAAUCUGUAAAUAACAUGCAAUCCCUUACUCUCCCAGGUGUGCAGAUUGAUUUUGCUUAAACAGUGCGAAACCUUGGUGUCUACUUAAAACACUAACUACGGAAAAUCACAUAACAUGCUUUGCAAGGCGAUUUUUCUAGAGCUGCUCAGAAUUUGUCAUAUCAGACCUUUCUUAACGUUUGAUGCAUCAAAGAGGCUAAUGUCUGCAUUCGUGCUAUCGUGCAUGGACUACUGCAAUGCUCUCAUGGUGGGUCUUUCAGCUACGCUCCUGGAUAAAAUUCAAAAAGCACAGAAUAAUGCGGUUCACAUUGUUCUUCACAAACGCAAAUUCAAAAAUGCUUAAACACUUCUGCAAGAGCUGCAUUGGCUGCCGGUCCGUGCUCGCAUAGAGUACAAAAUUGUAACUCUGUGCUACUACUGCUUCCAUGACAUGGCGCCGGCCUAUCUCAAAGCGCUCACAACACCUCAUGUACCCACUAGACAACUCAUGCGAUAGUGGCAAACUCUGGAUACCGCUUGUUGGCCUUGAGACUUACGGAAGGUGCACGUUUGCAUUUGCUGGCCCAACAAUUUGGAAUACUCUUCCUGUCGCUCUCAGAAACAGCCAGACACUGGAAUCCUUCAAAACCGAUUUGAAAACACAUCUAUUUUGCAAACACUGCUGGGGUGAUUUUGUCUACCAUCUUUUCCAGCUAGCUAUUAUCUCCUAGAUGUAUAUUAGCUUGUGUUGUUAUGGUUGCAAGGGAUGAAAUACUUUGAAUGGAUAUGCUCGUUUGAGAUUUUUGUAGUGUCGCGUUUUGUGUUUCAAUGUGUUGAAAUAUAAAUUGUUUCAUUUUUCUUUUAAUAUGGUUGACUUUGUACCAUGCUUCGAGCCUUUUGGAGAUGAGCAUGAUUUUUUUCAAGUAAACUUUAUUAUUAUUAUUAAAUAUUAUAAGUUUAUGUAUAUUUAUAUUUUCAUUUUUCUAGUUGCUGUCAUCUUACUCAUUUAUGGAGAAUUAAAAUGUUCCUCUAUUAUUUUGUUAGCUGAUAAAAUAAUUUCCAUCUAUUUGUGACUAAUUUCCUUUACAAAAUAUGUAACAUAUAUCAGGGUGAGUCAUUGCCACUGACAUUAUUUUCAUCACCAGACUUUUAUUUACCAAACUUACUGUUUUAUAAAUUUUUGUUUUUACAUAUAAUCUUGAGUAUGUAUAUAGAUAUGAAGUAAGACUGUUCUCUAUGGUCAGGUGGGGCACAGCGAAAUUUAUUUGGUGGAGGCGACCAAAACUGGCAAGAUAGGGAAGGUCCAAAAGUUACCUUUCGUGAUAUUUACAGUGUUGGUGGCCAGAGUCAAAGCAAUCCUUACAAAUGGUCAGCAAAUAGUCAUCAAGGUCAGGGAAGCUCUAAUCAGCCAUCAUCAAUUGAUGUUCUGUGAGUUUCGUUUUAUCUUUCACCUUUUUUUAAAAUGAAUUACUACUGAGUAAUGAAAACACUACCAAAACUUAUGAAUGCCUGCAAUAUGAUUGGUUUGUUGAAUGAAUGAAUUUAUAUGCGCCUAGUAAACUGACUGCACAAAUUAAUUUACAUAAACAUUUUGAGUUUAUUUUCUUAUCAUUUGAGCUAUAUUUUAGAAUAAUGAUUAUUAUUUGUUUGAAUAUAUAUAUAUAUAUAUAUAUAUAUAUAUAUAUAUAUGUGUGUGUGUGUGUGAUUUUAUCUCAAGAAUAUUAAUGUUGCAAUUAAAUAUGGGUAGUUUGUUCCCCAAGACACAAUUUCACUUUUAAAUUUAUUUAAUAUUUGCAGGGAUGACUUGCCUAAAUCGAUGGAGAUUUGGGAGAAAUCAAAGAUGUGGCCAUUUUCUUGUUUAUCUUUGGAUGCAAAUAUUCCCUCAAUUCCAGGUAACAAAACAAAAAAAAACACACAAGGCUAAGUGAGCUUUUUACAAUAUAAACUUCAGUAUAUUCUGGUCAGAAGAAAAAAAAGUUUUAAAACCCAUAUUAUAUUUUAUAAAUAAUAUUGAUACUAGACUAUAUGGAAAGGGUGGAAUUAAUUUCAAAAGUGGAUCUUCAUUUUAUUUAGCUAUUACUGAUUUAGUGAAGUUAAAUUUAAUUUUUAAAUAAAAAUCAUUAACAAAUUUUUCACAAAUUAUUUCAAUGGCAUUAACUUCUGGUAAAUUUGGCUUAUAUCUUAUAGUUGUUCUUUAUUUGUUCCAAAUUACAGAGUUCUAUGACAUGAGCAUGGAAGAACUGCGAUUGGAUGCUUACCAGGCUUUAAAGACAGACUCUAUGCAAUCCUAUGUAAGUCUUGGCACAAAUGUGUAUAUAACUUUUUGUUGUCAGUGUAGAUUCCUCUCAGUGGGUGGCUUAGUUUGAGUGUGAGCCACCCUCAGCAGUCAUGAACAUUUUGUGACCCCUCCUUUCACACGUUUUGGAUGGGUGGUAAAAAAAUUACUAAAGAUUAUUAUUACCCACUCUUGUCUUUUACACUUUUACCCAAUUAGGAACACCCCUUACCUGCAGGCCAUUUACUAACUAAGCCAUUUAUUUCUUGGAUGUUAAUUUUUUUAGAAAAUUUGUACUCUCUUUCCUUAUUUCAAACAGUAAGUGGUGUAAAUAAACAGAAAGGAAAUAGUAUUUUCUCAAUGGCGUAGGGAGGAUGGGGUGGAAGGGGGCAUUCUUCCCCUGCAGUUUUUCUCCAUAAAUAUAUAUAUAUUAUAUAUUAUAUAUAGGGCAUUUUCUGUCAACUACAGAGAUUUUUUGUCAAUUAGGGGCUGCAAAAAUCUUGUCCUCUCAAUGAUUUCUCUUUAUCUAACUAUUUAAAGUUUAUUUAUUUUUUGCAUUUCAUGAUCUGAUUUCUUUUUUCUCUUUAAACUUUAUUUACAUCAAUUUCUUUUAUUCAAAGCUUCAUUUAGCUGUUUUAUUUAAUUUUCUUUCUGCAGAUUAAAAAAUAUCAGACCUUACAAAAUGAAUUUGCCAACAAAAGGAAUCAGCUAAAGCACUUGACCAUGGAUAUGAAAAGAAAACUGGUUUGUUAAAUUUUUUCUCAUUUGUUUCACAGCAGAAACUAUUUUUCAGCAUCCGACACAUAGGGUAUGAUAGAUUAAACUAUAACUAUUUGAUUUUUGAGAUGUGUUAAAAUAAAUGAAUAUUCCUAUGUAAUCCAUGUAAGAGGUGAAAGAAAACAUUCUUUUUUAAUUAAAUUAUUAUUAAUGUUGAUCACUGUAAAUUUUUAAUUUUCCAAGACAGCUCAUAUUUCAAAUGCGGGUCAAGUUAUUUAUUAGAGUUGUAAAUGAAUAAUUCAUUAUUUAGUAAACAUUUAAUAAUAAUAAUAAUAAAGUUUAUUUGAAAAAAAUCACACUUCAUCCCCAAAGGCUCGAACAGUGAUAAAAAGUCAACCAUAUUAAAAGAUAAAUGAAACAAUUUAUAUUUCACCACAUUGAAACACAAAACGCAACACUACAAAAACUUCAAACGAGCAUACCCAUUCAAAUCUUUUAUCCAUUGCAACCAUAAACAACACAAGCCGAUGUACAUCUAGGAGAUAAUAGCUAGCUGGAAAAGUUGGUAGACAAUAUCACCCCAGCAGGUGUUUGCGAAAUAGAUGUGUUUUCAAAUCGGUUUUGAAGGAUUCCAAUGUCUGGCUGUUUCUGAGAGCGACAGGAAGGGUGUUCCAAAUUGUAACAAUUGACCUUGAACGAUUUUACUGUUCAAAGCUAUAAUUUUAAUAAAUUCCUCAGAUGUCAUUUCUUGAAGAUGCAAGGAAGAACAUUGCAGCAAGGUAGGGCGUACCAUUUUGAAAUGCAGUUAGAUAAGUUAAUUGACAUAUCCUUAUAUGUAGAACAAUGCAGCAAGAUAGGUCAUAACAUGUUGAAAUGCAAUUGAACAAGUCAAGUGAUGUGUCGUUAAACAUUCAAAUUUGAGCUGCUAGUUAGGGACUUUGUAAAAAAACAUUGGACACAGACGUCCAGCUUUGAGAACCGACCUAAUCAAUCUCCAAAACACUGAAAUAUAUUACAUAUUGAAAAAAUGUACGGCUACAUAAAAAUGUGUGUAAAAGAAAAUAUAUAUUUAGACAAAAAUUAUUUUGCAAAUUAACUUUGCUUAUUGAAGCAAUUUAUUAUUUUGAUAAUAUGUUAAUUUUCUUUUAAAAAUAUAAUCAAAUAUUCCAAUGAGAUAAUAAUUUGUUUGAAAUGUAUUUUGGUUCUGUAAAUGGUGGUCGACAAAGUGUCAUAGGGGUAAAAGGUUGAUUAUUUGUGGGAUUUUUGUUUUAAAUAAGUUUCUUAAUUAUUAGAAGUAAAAUAUUACUCCAGGUGUUCACAUUUGCUCUCUCUGCAAUUCCUUAAAUAUUUUUUUAGCAGAUGUAAUUUUUAUUAUGGUCCCUCAGUCAAGAAAGAUUGCAUAGCAAUCACAAAGCAGUCAUAAGAAUCACAUUUUUAAUAUACCAUAAAAAAUGUAAUUAGUUUGUAAUAUAUAUCCUUAUGUGUUCUCUUUUUAACCCUUUCUUCACCAGUGCUGGGUCCACAGUAAGUUUCUCAGUUCAAAGUGCAUUGACACAGUCCACUUUAUUUGGUCAGUCGAGGCCAGCCCAGGAGUCGGGUUUGUUUUCUCAACCCAGUUCCAGUAGCGGUCUCUUUGGAAAGCCUGGGGGAACAGGUCCUCAACCUACAGCCAGUUCUGGACUCUUUGGCAAGCCUGCAGGGACAGGCUCUAUUUUUGGUGGUAACACUCUAACACCAGAUAGUCCAUUUGGGUCAGCAGCAUCCAGCUUUGGAAAUCAAAGUCAAACAUCUUUUGGAAAGCAUGGCACUGCUUCAUCAGUAUUUGGAAACAUAAAUGUACAAAAUUCAUUGUUUGGCGGAGCUUCUAGUAACUCUGGUUUUUCAAAGUCUGGAACAAGCAAUUCAGCAUUUGGAAGUCCUGGAACUUCUUUGUUUGGUAAACCUGUCGAGCAGAGAAGUAUCUUUGGUGGUCAGAUGGCUGAAUCAAGCAACCCAUUUGUUGCUGUCAACCAAACCAGCUCUUUACAAACUCCAAGUUUAUUUGGUGGUGACAAUUCAACGCAAGCGGGUUUGUUUGGAAGCGGGCCGCAACAACAAAGCAGCAAUCCCGUGGGGGGAUCCUUCAAUGGCCCAGUUUCAAUGGCGCCUGGUCUGUUUGGGAAAUCUGCUGUGGGUCCCAAUGCUUCAUCACUGUUUGGGAAUAACACCAACGGUCAGCAACAGACUUUGGGUAUGUUUGGGUCAUCUACAAACACCUCAUUUUUUAACAGUGGCCCUAACACUGGUCAACAAAUGGGAACUUUAUUUGGUAACCAGCAGGCAGAGAAUGCAAUAAACCAAGGAGGACAUCAGAACAGCGGAGGCCUCUUUGGUAAAGGACCGUCUGCUCCUCCUUAUGCGACUGGAAUGGCAGCCAAUGAUGCAUUUUCAGGAUGCUAUACGCUGAUGUCAGAUUUAACAGAUCAAGAAAAAGAAGCUUUUAAUGCACAGUCUUUUCAGCUUGGUAAAAUACCAUUGCGUCCCCCGUCCAUAGAACUCAUUCGAAAUAAAUAAAUACAUUUGUCUGUUUACAGAAUUACCAGACUUUAAUGUUUUUUUCUCAAUGCAUUGACAUUUUUUUGUUUUUAUGGUCUCUCAACUAGAUGUGGAGAUGAAAGACAGAAUAUUAAUUAUUUGGAAUCUAUAUGUUAUAGUCUACUAGCCCUCCAAAAACAAAGUGAUUGUACAUGAACUUCACAUGCCUUUCAAUAAUGUUUAGCCAUUUCAAUUGAAAAAAACAGAUUUUAUGCUAAGUUAAAUACAAGUUAUUGGUUUAUUAUUAAUGAAUUUUAGUCACCUUUUCUAAUUUGGGAGCAUGAUAAGAUUAAUUUUAAAAAAACAUGUAUUUUGGUGUAGUUACUGUUUAUUGAGAAACAUAAAAAAGUUACAUUUACAACAUGACAUAUGUUUUUGUAUGUAGAUGUUUAAAUGUGUAAAUCUGGUUACAUGUAAACAUGUCAAAGUAAAGAGGAAUGUUUGGGUUUACCUUUUCAAUAUUAACUUUAUAUUUGAACAAGUGUAGGUCAAACAAAAAUUUAUCGAAAUAAUCCUCCAAAUUUAGCAAUACAGUUUUGGAAUCAGUUUGAAAAAUAAAAUAAACAAUAGAUAUAAAAAAUGACUGAUGCCAAGAUUUUUAUUUUUGGUUUUUCAAAUGGCUGCUUCAAAAUGUUCUACAACUGAUUACACAUAUUCAAAUAUAUAAUUUACAGUGGUGAAAAAAACAACAACUUCACAAAAUAAUCUCAAAUAAAAGGUGGAUAAUUUGAGCUUAAAAAAACACAAACCAAGUUUCAAAAAAAGAAAGAACGGUUUUUCUGUGGAUUAUAAAUUAUUUAGAAUUUUUUAAAAUCUAAAAUAUAUAAAUUUAUAUAUUUCCAUCAGCUCAUUAUCCGAAAAUGCAAAGUUAAAAAUGUAUGUAUUUGAUAAAUCGGAAAUAAAGACAGGAGUAAGUCUAAAUAAAAAUGAAUUGAUAAUGUAAAUUAUGAUACUGGUUGGGCUAAGAGACAUUUCAACAAAUAUAUUUUAAAGACCUAUUUUAAAAAUGCAAACUUGGUAUUUAACAGAGUUCAUCUAAAUGAAUAGCAAUAUUGAUAAAUGCAGAUGUACCCCAGCUCAAUGGGUCUUUGAUAUACAAAAGUCAAAUACUGUUCAAUUGUGUUAACAAUACUUUUAAAAAAAUCUAUGCUUGAAUUAUUGUCUUUUUCUAAUGGUUAUAAUAUUACAUAUUCUUUUUUUUAUUCAGCAAAAAUACAAAAUUAAAGGGAAAUAUUUUAUUUCAUACAAUGUAAAUAGUAAGCACUGCAACACAAGCUAACAUUCAGUAUAUAAUCAUCUACAAGUGAUGUAAGAAAUAGACUGUUUGGUUAAAGGACAUGUAAUUUUUUCUUAAAUUUUGUGAAAUUUAAAAAAAAAAGGUAAGAAAAAUGUACUUCAACACUUCCAACAAAUCGUAUUCAAUAAAAGUAAAUUUGAUUUACACGCUCAGCAAUGACAGUUUGUUUAAUUGUGGAUUUGUCUGUUUAAAACACAUUUACCUAAAAUUAAGGAAUUUUUAUAAAUUACAAUUUUCUUUAAUAAAAAGCCAGAUCAGAUGAGCCAUUUACGUUUUAAUUGUCCCCAUGAAUGACUGCUGCAGAGACAUAUAUUACAUUAAAUAUCUUCCAAUUACAGUAAUGAACAAGAUUGUGAUCAUCAAAAAAUUGAGAAUAUAUUUGUCUUAUUGUUGAUAGCAACAAAUUUUCCUGAUGGUUGUUUACUUACAAGAUAAAAAUGGGUUUGUGAU